UCUUAAUGAAGAUGACGUUUACUGGCGGAGGUAUGCUAUACCUGCUGUUCCUCAUAGCAUCAUGCAAUGCAGGAGAUACCAAUGGGGAUUCAGUCGUCUCAAGUAUUUCAUCAAUGGUUGAAAUUACCACAAACGAUGAUUCAACGAGAGAAUAUAUUUUCAUGGAUAAUUUUGACCUACCGGAUAUUGGAACACCCAAAAUACAAAUGCUAAAAGAGCGAUUCGCGGAGUUGGCGCAGGGCGGACACCUGUCUGAUUUAUUGGGCGAAAUGAAAAAAAGUGAAUCAGGAAAAACUCGCCAUCGACGUCAAGUAUCCAGCAAUCGUGCCCCGGCAUUUGAACGUCCAUUUUCUGUUCAUCUGAAAAUCGGCGAGAUUGGAUCUGCUCAGCUGGUUGCAACGGAUCCUGAUGGAGACGAGCUGGUGUAUUCUUUAACAAAGAAAUCAUCAAUUGGUUCGGUAACAUCAGACGGAAAGUUCACCACAUACAAUCCUUUGGAAGGCAAUCUUGUUGACUACUUGAAAAGUUUACUCCGACUUGAAUUCAAGGUAGAGGAUGGUAAAGACGGUUUCGAUUACCUGUUCCCUGAAUGGAAUUUAUGUGGUUGCCAAAACAACGGAUCUUGUAACUCAGACGUGAUUUACAGCAAAAAUGACAGAAUACACGAAGUGUUUCAAAAAUUUCGUGUGUUACCUAUAAAUCUAACUUAA